GCAUUAUGAGAUUAAUGUUAGCAAUCGAUUAAUUAAGAUGAGUAGUGAUAAGAAUAAAAAAGCAGCAGAUUCACCUGAAAACGGUGAUUCCACCAACCAGUGGUUCUUUGAGCUCUCUGACUACUUGAAGCUGAAUGAUGAUGAUGAUGAUCAAUGGCCAGAUGAUGAUAAUGUUCCACCACCACUACCAGAAGCAGAGCCAUUAUUUUUUCCCAAUACUAAUGAAGUUGGAGAUUUUGGAGCAAGUGGCAGCGGCAGUAACCACCUUCAAGGGUCUUCUAAUGCUCGAGAGGUUAGUGGAAGUGAGAAGAAAGAUGUUAGGGAGAGAGUUGCAUUCAAAACCAAGUCCGAGGUUGAAAUCAUAGACGAUGGUUACAGGUGGAGGAAGUACGGAAAGAAAAUGGUUAAGAACAGCCCAAACCCAAGAAACUACUAUAGGUGUACAGUGGAUGGAUGUCGGGUAAAGAAGAGAGUUGAAAGAGACAGGGAAGAUCCCACAUAUGUAAUUACAACCUACGAAGGAAACCAUACUCACCCAACAUCUUAGAAGAAUCUCAACCAACAACCAUUGCAUACUAUAUGGAAUUACCAAACAGAGCAAACUCAUCUAGCUUUUGAAACCAAAAUCAUCAUUCAGAUAUCUACUACCUCUGCUUGUGGUAUUCCCUAUAUAUAUGCAUGCUUUGUAAUGUUCGCUGAUUCUCCCCAUCCCCUAGCUAGGAUAGGUUCAUUCCCUAAGUAUUUUUUUUCUUAGUUUUCAUCAGCAAAAUGUUUCUUAUUGGAAUUGGUUUGUGAAUUUUGCGGUAAACCCGCAAUUUUGUUGGUUAUGUUUUUGGUAAGGAAAAAAAAAUAUAGAUUUUAAGAAGUUCCAGCCAAAAAACACCAACGUAUAUAUAGUUUGUUUAGCAUA